UCCCCCAGGUCUUUCUACCUGCUAGCUUUCUCCCCGUCUCGCCUCUCGUAUUUCUUAAACGCAUCGUCCAAUCAUCGAUCGUCUCUUUUGGUCCGUCAAGACGCAGACCGCUCCUCGUUGUUUGAGCCAAAUUCGCCGCUCAUCUCGUCACGGUUUCCCGCCUGCAUUCGCCCGGUAAUCGGCCGAGAGAAAGAGGAGCAGGGCGAGAGACAGCUGGGGGACAGAGACCAGACCACUAACUCGCUCUGCAGUCCACCUGCCGCCUAUGUUGCGCACCACAGAUCCGCCCUUGUCGCGGCUCAUGCAGGUGUCGUUUGA